AAAAUUUUUUAUAAUUACUAAUAUUAGAGAUCGGAAACCUAUGGAUUUAAUUAAGAUAACCCGAUUGGGAUGGUUUUCCAGUCUCUGAAUGUAAAUUAGGUCUCUAACAAUAAAUUAGACUUGAAGCUUCCUUUUCCUUCACAUGAUUUGGAGUUGACGAAUCCUUAUUAGAAAAAGUCCGGGGAUUUCCACGGAAAUCCGAGGAUUUUUUGUACAGAUAUCUGGGAAUUUCCCAAGAUCCGUGCAACACCCUCCUUGUGAUAAUUUAAAAAAAUUUGCUUGUCCAUUUAGCAAAAACAGCCCUAAUCUCGCUAACCGUUGUUGAUCGGGUCUCUCCAGUUUACAAAAUUUUUUUUUAAUAUUUCUAAAAAUAAAUUUAAAAAAUAUUUUUUAGGCAUUGUAACAUUUCGAGGGCUUAUAUGGACCUGACUGAAGUAAAAAUUUUAAUUUUUUUUUAAUUAAUAUUUUUAAAGAUGGAAAGAAAAUGUUUGGAACAACGUAAAUAUUGGUGUUUUUUACUUUCUUCAAUUGUUACAUUUUGUGUUUCUAUGCUUUUGGUUGUUAUUUGGAGGAUAUCAACACAUUUAUUUUUACAACCAAGAGAAAGAGGUGGAGGAGGUGGAGGUUUAUCGGAACCUUUAAUUCAAGAUGUUGAAAGCUACAAACAAGGAGGAAUAAUAAAAACAAAAAUUGCAGCAACAACAAAUCAAGAAAUGAGAAAAGAACCUGUACAAAUUGGGUGGAUGACGGAAGCUAAGGAUUGGGCUGGUGAAUUAAUAUCUGGACAAAGCAUGACUGGACGUAUUUUAGUUGUUUUAGUAUUUUUAUUGUCAAUUGGAUCUUUAAUUAUAUAUUUUGUUGAUACUUAUAGAGAUUCUUUUCAAGUUGAAACUUGUGUGCCAUGCCCCCUGAAAUCGACCCCCUGGCUAUGCCUUUCACUUGGGAUAAGACUUAAUACCGGAUUUUCCCAUUUCAGUAAAAUUUAUUUUUGUCCGCAAAUAUUGAUUAUUUAUUUAAAUUUUUUUAAAUUUUCUACAGGCUUCAAUAUUUUCUUUCUAAUUUACUUUUUUAUUCGCUUCAUUGCUGCAUCUGAUAAAGUUUGGUUUUUGUUGGAUCGUUACAGUUUUGUUGAUUUUUUUACAAUUCCUCCAAGUUUUGUUGCAAUUUAUUUGGAACGUAAUUGGAUUGGUCUCCGUUUUCUACGAGCAUUACGUUUAAUGACAGUCCCAGAUAUUCUUCAAUAUUUAAAUAUUUUAAAAACUUCAUCUUCAAUUCGAUUAACCCAAUUGCUUUCAAUAUUUAUUUCCACAUGUUUAGCUGGUGCUGGUGUUAUACAUUUACUCGAAAAUAGUGGAGAUCCUUGGAAAGAUUUUGUCAAUUCUCAUCGAAUUUCUUAUCCUGAUUGUGUUUAUAUUUUGCUAGUUACAAUGUCAACUGUUGGUUAUGGAGAUAUUUAUUGUACAACAGUUUUGGGUAGAGGCUUUAUGGUAUUUUUCAUUCUUGGAGGUCUUGCAAUGUUUGCUUCUUUUGUGCCCGAGAUUGCAGAAUUAAUUGGUAAUAGGCAAAAAUAUGGUGGAGAAUAUAAAGGAGAACAUGGAAAGAGACAUAUUGUUGUUUGCGGGCAUAUAAACUACGAAUCAGUUUCACAUUUUCUACAAGACUUUUUACAUGAAGACAGAGAAGAUGUUGAUGUUGAAGUUGUUUUUUUGCAUAGAGUAGUUCCAGAUUUGGAAUUGGAAGGACUUUUUAAAAGGCAUUUUACUAAAGUGGAAUUCUUUACAGGCACAGUGAUGGAUUCUAUAGAUUUACAGCGUGUAAAGGUGGAUGAAGCAGAUGCAUGUUUAGUACUAGCAAAUAAAUAUAGUUCUGAUCCUGAUGCUGAAGAUGCAGCAAAUAUAAUGAGAGUAAUUUCAAUAAAAAAUUAUUCUUCAGAAAUUAGAGUAAUUGUCCAAUUAAUGCAAUAUCACAAUAAAGCAUAUUUAUUAAAUAUUCCAAGUUGGGAUUGGAGAAGGGGAGAUGAUGUUAUUUGUUUGGCUGAAUUGAAGCUUGGUUUUAUCGCUCAAUCUUGUUUAGCACCUGGAUUUUCAACAAUGAUGGCUAAUUUGUUUGCAAUGCGGUCGUUUAAAACGUCUCCACACACUCCAGAAUGGUUAAAUGAAUAUUUAAGAGGAUCUGGAAUGGAAAUGUAUACAGAAACUAUGUCUUCUAGUUUUAUUGGAAUGCGUUUUCCUGAUGCUGCAGACCUUUUAUUUACUCGACUUGGACUUUUACUUUUGGCUAUUGAAUUAAAAGAUGAAGAUAAAAAAGAAUGCAGUAUCGCGAUCAACCCUGGUCCAGUUACAGUCAUUUUGCCACAAACACAAGGAUUUUUUAUUGCACAAUCAGCAGAUGAAGUUAAAAGGUAA